GCGCAAGUGUGUGUGUGCGCGCGCCUGUGAGUGAGUGUGACGACAAUGAUUCAGCGAGUUGCUCUAUGCGUUGCUGCUCGCUAGCUGUUAGCUUGCUAGCUAGCGCGUGCUACGGCUGUCUGGUGAUGAGUCAGGAGGGUGAAGUGACUCAAACAUGCCGUUAAGCGGCCGUUUCCAAAUCAUCUGAGCUUCUAAUAGAUCACCAAUCAUGAAGGUGGACAGAAGCAAGUUAAAGAAAACCCCCACGGAAGCUCCCGCUGACUGCCGGAUACUUAUCGAGAAGUUGAAAGCAUGCAGUGAUGACCAACUGCUUGUUGAACUGCAGCACAUCAAGACCUGGAAUAUUGGCAAGUGCGAGUUGUACCACUGGGUGGAUCUGCUGGACCGCUUCGAUGGCAUUCUGUGCGAUGCGGGCCAGACAUUGGAGAAUAUGUCAUGGCUGCUGGUGUGCGACCGGCCCGACAACAGCCAGCUCAAAGCGCUGCUUUUGGCAGUGCUCAACUUUACAGCGUUGCUCAUUGAGUACAGCUUCUCCAGGCACCUUUACAGCUCCAUAGAGCACUUAACAACCCUGCUGGCGUCAUGUGACAUGCAAGUGGUCCUGUCUGUGCUGAACCUGCUCUACGUCUUCAGCAAGCGUUCCAACUACAUCACAAGACUAGGAUCUGACAAAAGAACACCUCUCUUGGCACGCCUGCAACAUCUGGCUGAGAGCUGGGGAGGAAAGGAAAAUGGCUUUGGCCUAGCUGAAUGCUGCAGGGAUCUUCUUAUGACGAAGUACCCUCCCAGUGCCACCACACUGCACUUUGAGUUUUAUGCUGAACCUGCUCCUGAGGUCAAAGUGGAGAGGAAGACAAGCAGCAACACUCUACACUAUAUUCACAUUGAGCAACUUGACAAGAUUUCAGACAGUCCAUCUGAGAUCAUGCAGUCGCUCACAGGCAUGUACAACAUCCCGAAAGACAAGCAGACAUUGCUCUUCACACACAUUCGUCUGGCUCAUGGCUUUUCGAAUCACAAAAAGAGGCUGCAGGCCGUGCAGGCCAGACUGCAUGCCAUCUCCAUACUGGUUUAUUCAAAUGCGCUUGGCGAGUCCACCAAUAGCAUCCUGUAUAACGGCUUGAUAGAGGAGCUAGUGGAUGUCUUACAGAUUACAGACAAGCAGCUUGUGGAUAUCAAGGCUGCAUCUCUGCGCACUUUAACCUCCAUUGUCCAUUUGGAGAGAACGCCCAAGCUUUCCAACAUCAUUGACUGCACCGGCACCGCCUCCUACCAUGGCUUCUUGCCCGUGUUGGUGCGCAACUGUAUACAGGCGAUGAUUGAUCCUCUGAUGGAACCGUACCCGCAUCAGUUUGCCACUGCACUCUUUUCUUUCCUCUAUCAUUUGGCCAGCUAUGAUGCUGGGGGUGAAGCCCUUGUCUCUUGUGGAAUGAUGGAAGCCCUCUUAAAGGUGAUCAAAUUUCUGGGAGACGAGCAGGACCAGAUCACUUUUGUAACAAGAGCGGUUCGGGUCGUGGACCUCAUCACCAACCUUGACAUGGCUGCCUUCCAGUCACACAGCGGCCUUUCUAUUUUCAUCUGCAGGCUCGAGCAUGAGGUGGACCUAUCAAGGAAAGAGUGCCCAUUCGUCAUUAAGCCAAAGAUCCGAAGGCCAAGGCCCACUGUCGAGUCUGAAGACAUGGACACAGACAUGGAGACGUCUGAGGUUGCCAUGGAAAGCAGCCCUGGGCCAUCGUCUUCUGCUUCCAGACCGGAAGUGGAGCAGAGCGCACCGCCGAGUAGCGCUGCAAACACGCCACGUGCAGGCAUGCAGUGUAUCCCCCAAAGGGCAGCUCUCUUAAAGUCAAUGCUAAAUUUCCUGAAGAAAGCCAUCCAAGACCCCGCCUUCUCUGAUGGCAUCCGCCAUGUCAUGGAUGGAUCCUUGCCUACCUCACUCAAGCACAUCAUCAGUAACGCAGAAUACUAUGGACCCUCGCUGUUCCUUCUUGCAACCGAGGUUGUGACGGUGUUUGUGUUCCAGGAGCCAUCUCUGCUUUCCUCUCUGCAGGACAAUGGCCUCACUGAUGUUAUGCUUCAUGCACUUCUCAUCAAAGAUGUUCCUGCGACACGUGAGGUCUUGGGAUCUCUCCCUAAUGUGUUCAGUGCCUUGUGCCUGAAUGCCCGAGGCCUCCUUUCCUUUGUGCGGUGUCAGCCCUUUGAGCGCCUCUUCAAAGUGCUCUUGUCCCCCGACUACCUACCUGCCAUGCGACGGCGACGCAGCUCAGACCCUUUGGGGGACACUGCAUCAAAUUUAGGAAGUGCUGUCGAUGAGUUAAUGAGACACCAACCAACGUUGAAGACAGAUGCCACCACCGCAAUCAUUAAGUUAUUGGAGGAGAUAUGCAAUUUGGGCCGAGCUCCCGAGUAUGUGUGCCAGAAACCGUCUAUCCAGAAAGCCGACGGAACUGCGGCCGUGCCGCCGGCACGCUCCAGCCAUGCUGCCGAAGAAGCUUCAAGUGAGGAUGAAGAGGACGAGGAGGCCCUCCACACAUUUAGCCAGCAGCAGGGGGAGGCAGAGAGCAACAGACAGGUGGUGGGAACUGAGGAGCGGAUCCCUAUUCCUUUAAUGGAUUACAUUUUGAAUGUGAUGAAGUUUGUGGAAUCCAUACUUAGCAACAAUACGACGGAUGACCACUGUCAGGAGUUUGUCAACCAGAAGGGGCUGCUCCCACUGGUCUCUAUUCUGGGCUUGCCCAACCUGCCCAUAGAUUUCCCCACCUCAGCGGCCUGCCAAGCUGUUGCUGGAGUGUGCAAGUCCAUUUUGACUCUCUCACACGAGCCCAAAGUACUUCAAGAGGGAUUGUGCCAGCUCGACACUAUUCUAACGUCCCUGGAGCCCCUUCAUCGGCCAAUUGAGGUUCCCGGGGGAUCUGUUCUUCUGAGGGAGCUGGCUAAUGCCGGCCAUGUCGCCGAUGCCACUUUGUCGGCUCGUGCCACGCCGCUGCUCCACGCGCUGACUGCUGCGCAUGCCUACAUCCUCAUGUUUGUCCACACCUGUCGAGUGGGACAGAGUGAGAUCAGGGCAAUCUCAGUCAAUCAGUGGGGAUCCCAGUUGGGUUUGACUGUUCUCAACAAGCUGAGUCAGCUCUACUGUUCGCUGGUAUGGGAGAGUACUGUUUUGCUCUCCCUUUGUACGCCCAACAGUCUGCCUCCAGGCUGUGAGUUUGGCCAAGCGGACAUGCAGAAACUCUUACCCAAAGAGGAGAAACCCUCCAAUAGUGCCGCAACAAGCACCACCCCUGUCUCCAAGAAAGCGGUAGACUCUGAGGCGGUCGAACCAUCUGGUAGCGGCGGGCUAUUGGAAGGCAUGGGUUUAGAUGGCGAUAGCUUGGCUCCCAUGGAGACAGACGAGCCCACGUCAACAGAUCCGAAGGCCAAGUCCAAGCUCACCCCAGCGAUGGCCACACGCAUUAAACAAAUCAAACCCCUCCUCUCUGCGUCAUCCCGUCUCGGAAGGGCACUCGCCGAGCUUUUUGGCCUGCUGGUGAAGUUGUGCGUCGGCUCCCCGGUGCGUCAACGGCGCUCCCAUCACGCCACAAGCACAGGCACGACGCCCACGCCCGCCGCCCGAGCCACCGCUUCGGCUCUUACAAAGCUCCUCACCAAGGGUCUGAGUUGGCAGCCCCCACCCUACACACCCACCCCUCGCUUCAGGCUGACUUUCUUCAUCUGCUCUGUUGGCUUCACAUCCCCCAUGUUGUUUGAUGAGAGGAAGUAUCCGUACCACCUCAUGCUGCAGAAGUUUUUCUGCUCUGGUGGACAUGAUGCCUUGUUUGAGACUUUCAACUGGGCCCUGUCAAUGGGUGGAAAAGUUCCCGUGUCAGACGGUCUGGAGCAUACCGAGUUACCAGAUGGGACAGGAGAGUUUCUGGAUGCGUGGUUGAUGCUGGUGGAGAAGAUGGUCAAUCCCAGCACUGUGCUGGACUCUCCGCAUUCCCUGCCAGCAAAGAUGCCUGGGGUCACCCCAACCACACCCCAAUUCAGUGCUCUUCGGUUCCUCAUAGUAACCCAGAAGGCUGCAUUCACCUGCAUCCGCAGCCUAUGGAACAGGAAGCCGCUGAAAGUUUAUGGAGGCAGGAUGGCUGAAUCUAUGCUGGCCAUCCUUUGCCACAUCCUGCGGGGGGAGCCGGUUAUCCAGGAGCGCUUGGCCAAGGAGAGAGAGGGCACAGUACGUCCAGAUGACGAGGGGGCUCCUUCUUCUUCUCUGGGACAAAGUGGAGCACCGGGUGUACCUGCAACCAGCGGAGAGACACCAGCAUCCACGGCACCAAGUGCUGGAGUGCCAGCUGUGGGAUCGGCUGAGGAGUCGACUAAUUCCACUCCAAGACGUGACCCCCAGGUCAACCAGGCACAGCUUACACAGCUGAUAGAUAUGGGUUUCUCAAGAGAGCAUGCCAUGGAGGCACUAUUGAACACUAGUACCAUGGAGCAAGCCACAGAAUAUCUUCUUACUCACCCUCCCCCUCACCUUGGGGGAGCAGUAAGGGAUCUUUCCAUGUCUGAAGAGGACCAAAUGAUGAGAGCGAUUGCUAUGUCACUUGGCCAGGAGGUCAGCAUGGAGCAACGUUCCGACUCCCCUGAGGAAGCGGCACGUCGGCGCGAGGAGGACGACAGGAGAGCCAGGGAGCGAGCAGAGGAGGAGGAGGCCCGCUGCCUGGAGCGCUUCAUGGAGGCCGAACCCCUGGACCCGCAGGAGCUGCACACCUUCACAGACUCUAUGCUCCCCGGCUGCUUCCACCUGUUGGAUGAGCUGCCCGACACGGUCUACAGACUCUGUGACCUGCUGAUGACAGCCAUCAAGAGGAGUGGCCCCGAGUACAGGGACCUCAUCCUUGGCCAGGUCGUCGAUCAGGUGUGGGAUGCGGCGGACGUGUUGAUCAAGGCGGCUGUGCCUCUGACUACAAGUGACACAAAGACUGUGUCCGAAUGGACUAAACAAAUGGCCACACUGCCCCAGGCAUCAAAGCUGGCCACUCGAAUUCUGCUGCUCACGUUGCUAUUUGAGGAACUGAAGCUCAUGUGUACCACAGUAGUAGAAAAGAGUGGCAUUCUGGAUUUGCUGAUUAAGCUUCUCGAGGUGGUACAGCCAUGUCUGCAGGCUGCAAAAGAACAGAAAGACAUUCAGACACCAAAGUGGAUCACACCAGUCUUGCUGAUUAUUGACUUUUAUGAGAAAAUGGCAGUAUCUUCACUGCGCAGAUCGCAAAUGAACAAGUAUCUUCAGCCUAAUGGGAACAACUGGAGAUGGUUUGAUGACCGCUCAGGCCGUUGGUGCAGUUACAGCGCUUCCAACAACAGCACUAUUGACUCUGCGUGGAGGGCCGGAGAAACUAAUGUUCGCUUCACAGCCGGACGCAGACGAUACACGGUUCAGUUUAACAACAUGGUGCAGGUAAAUGAAGAGACUGGCAACCGGAGGCCAGUGAUGUUGACUGUUCAGAGACUUCCACGCUUGCCCAAAGCGGCCAAGGCGGGUUGCGUAACAGACCCCGAGAGAGAAGAGGGAGACCGGUGCAAAGUGGAAGAAACUCCGACCUAUCUUGACGCCGGGGCAGCAGUGGAAAUGAGUAUCCCCAAGGAUGUUUCCAGCCAUCCUAAGGAGGCGACCUCUGGCUCGGCGCCUUCCCAGGAGUCGGACUCUUUGCAAGGCUCGGCCGUCGUAGGCCUGAGUGACGACAUGACCACCGUUCUUAUCCGCGCUUGUGUCAGCAUGAUUAGCGUCCCGGUGGACCCAGACACCCUGCACGCGACGCUGCGUCUCUGUUUGCGUUUGACGCGAAAUCACCACUAUGCCAUGAUGUUUGCCGAGCUCAAGAGCACUCGAAUGAUUCUUGGACUGACGCAGACCUCCGGGUUCAAUGGCUUCACACCUCUUGUCACGCUGCUCUUCAGACACAUCAUCGAAGAUCCAGCUACUCUUCGGCAUACUAUGGAAAAGGUGGUGAGAUCUGCAGUGACCAGCGGAGCAGGCAGCACCACCUCAGGGGUGGUGUCAGGCAGCCUUGGCUCAAGGGAAAUCAAUUAUAUCUUGCGCGUGCUGGGCCCUGCCGCGUGCCGCGACCCGGAAUGUUUUGCCGAAACUGCCAGCAAUUGUGUCCGCAUUGCUCUGCCCGCACCCCGCGGAGCUGGCACAGCGUCCGACGACGAGUUUGAAAAUCUUCGUAUAAAAGGGCCAAAUGCCGUGCAGCUGGUGAAAACCACUCCUCUGAAAUUGUCACCCCUACCUUCCAUUCCUGACACCAUCAAGGAGGUCAUAUACGACAUGCUCAACGCCUUGGCUGCAUACCAUGCUCCCGAAGAACCUGAACGCCCAGAAGAACGUGUGUCAGCUGUUCCCGGCGGCCAAGACCUGUGCCAGAUAUUGCAGGACGUCGGCGAUGACGUUUACCAACAGUACCGUCUCACUCGACAGGGCAGUGACUUUGACUCCCAGUCCGCAUUCCAUAUCAAUACUCAAGUUUUUGCUGCGGAUGGAGCGGUGGCAGAGUCAUCCCAGUCUGGCACACCACAAGGAGAAGCCUCCACUCCCGAGGAGAUGCGUGAGGGAAAGAAAGAGCAGGAGGGUGAUAAGAGUAGCAGCUCAGAGGAGGCUAAGGCGGCAAAGGUAAAGGCGAGCAAACCUCUCAUGCCUACCUCCACCAUCCUGAGACUGCUGGCUGAACUGGUGCGCUCCUAUGUUGGCAUUGCCACACUAAUUGCCUCUUACUGCUACACUGCAGGACAAUCUGAGCUUAUUAAGGAGGAUUGCAGUGUGCUCGCUUUUGUGCUCGACCACUUGCUGCCUCACACCCAAAAUUCAGAGGACAAGGACACCCCUGCCUUGGCCCGUCUUUUCCUUGCCAGCCUAGCCGCCGCUGGCACCGGCACCGAUGCCCAGGCUGCUCUGGUUAACGAGGUGAAAGCUGCCCUCAGUCGAGCUUUAGGAAUGACAGAAGGUGCUGAGAAACAUGCGAGGCUUCAGGCAGUGAUGUGCAUCAUCAGCACCAUCAUGGAGUCGUGUCCCUCCACGUCCAGUUUCUAUAGCACAGCAGCAGCCAAGACGCAACAUAAUGGCAUGAAUAAUAUCAUACGGCUAUUUCUCAAGAAAGGACUGGUCAGCGACUUGGCUCGUGUGCCGCACAGCUUGGAUUUGUCCAGCCCCAACAUGGCCAACACGGUGAAUGCUGCCCUUAAGCCUCUGGAGACUCUGUCCCGCAUUGUUAAUCAGCCCAGCAGUUUGUUUGGGAGCAAAGGAUGUUCCAACAAGAACAAAACCGAAAAUGACACAACGGGCGCUGCAAGGGAUAGCAACAGCAACACUCAAGAUCAAGGAGAAUCUGGUGAAGCGGAGCCAGUGGAGGGCAACCACAGAGUGCAGGGAGCGGACAGCGACCUGAUGGAUGGAGAAACGGAGGGAGACACGGUGGUCAUUGCUGGUCAACCGGAGGUUCUCAGCACUCAGGCUAUGCAGGUGGAGAAUGAGUUGGUGGAUCUGAUUGAUGAGCUACUUGAGAGAGACGGCGGUACCGUCAGUAGUGCAAUCAUAGUCGGGCGAAGUGCUGAGGAUGAAUCACAAGAGGAUGUGCUGAUGGAAGAGGCCCCCUCCAAUAUUAGCCAGGCAUCCACUCUUCAGGCAAACCGAGAAGACUCCAUGAAUAUCCUGGAACCAGAGGAUGAGGAGCACACGCAAGAAGAAGACUCCAGCGGCAGCAACGAUGAUGACGACAGCCAGGAUGAAGAAGAGGAGGAGGAGGAAGACGAGGAGGAGGACCCGGAUGACGAGGAAGGAGAUGAGGAUGAUGACGACGAAGGUUCAGAGAUGGAGUUGGAUGAGGAUUUCCCUGACAUCAACGCCGCCCCUCAUAUCCGCUUUGAGAGAUUUGACAGGGACGAUGACCUCAUCAUCGAGUUUGACAACAUGUUCUCCAACAAUGCUGACAUCCCUCCCUCCCCAGGCAACAUCCCUAGCGCCCACCCACUGAUGGUGCGCCACGCUGACCACGGUUCCCUCACCCUAGGUGUGGCCGGCACAAGCAGCCGUCUGGCGCAAGGCAUGGGUCGCAGCCAGCGGACGCUCAGGCAACUCACUGCCAACAGCGGGCACACCAUCCAUGUCCACUACCCUGGAAACCGCCAGCCCAACCCUCCCCUCAUCCUGCAGAGGUUGUUGGGACCCAGUGCCGCAGCAGACAUUUUGCAACUGUCCAGCUCGCUACCUCUGCAGUCUCGUGGUCGAGCCCGUCUUUUGGUCGGAAACGAGGACGUCCACAUCAUUGCUCGUUCCGAUGACGAAUUUGACGACUUUUUCCACGAGCAGAGCAGCACGGGAGGUCAAGCUGGCACCCUCUCAAGCAUUCCUACCGCCUUAACUCGAUGGACAGAUGAGUGUAAAGUGCUGGAUGCGGAAAGCAUGCACGACUGUGUCGCAGUUGUGAAGGUGCCGAUCCUGCAGCAUCUGGAAGGUCUGCGAGACGAGGAGUUAGAAGAGCGCAGGGAAAAGCGGAGGCGGCAGCUGGCGGAAGAGGAAGAGUCCAAACAAAAUGAGCGGAGGGCCUCUGGAGCAGAGCAGACCAGGGAGCAGGGCCUGCAGGGUUCUGGAUUGGGGACAGUUAAUGGUGCAGAAAGCACAGCAGAGGGUGAGCAGUCUCAAGGAGUUGCAGUGUCUUCUCUAGACCCACCGAGGGUGUCAGAAGGCUUCCUUACUGCUCCACCUUCUGGAGAGGUCACUCCCACUACGCCAGCCCCACAUGAACAGGCCCUAGUUUCCUUGGAAACUGCAAUCAAUCAACAGGUCCACCAACCGAUGGCUGGCCUACUGUUGGCCGAGUCGCAUGCCAGCUCAUUGGCGGCUUUGGCCGGCGCUCGACUUCCACCUUUGGCAGCAGCCGACAGGCCUAAUAGUGAAGCAGAAGCAUCUCAGAUGGAAAUGUCCCCAGCACCCACAAUCGCCUCAAGCCCGGAUAUGGUUGAGACCUCAGAACCAACAGUAGUGGGUGUGUCACGACUGGAGGGGUCACCAAUGGACACCAGCAGCCCCGCCUCUGCCACGCAAGAUGAAGCCGUUGCCAACCCUGCUCAGACUGCCCUUGUGUCGCAAGAUCUGUCUGCCAGCGGGGAGAGCGAGUUGACCGACAGGCAGACCAUUACGGAGACUGGCUCCACUUCAGUUUCAUCUGCCGGUGAAGCAAUCAUCAGGAGUGACAGUGUCGACAGCCAAUCCCAGCCUAUCCAGGAAGAGCCUCUCCCAUCCACAAGCAAUGACGAAGAAGAUCCACUUGCAGGUACAGGAAUCAGUCUUCCUGAGGGUGUGGAUCCGUCUUUCCUGGCAGCGCUUCCUGAGGACAUUCGUAGAGAAGUGCUUCAAAAUCAGUUGGGAAUAAGACCACCAUCUCGCACGGCCGCUGCUACCAGCCUGCCCUCUUCUACCGCGCCUGUACUAACAGGACCAGGGGUUACGGAGGUCAGCCCUGAGUUCCUGGCUGCCUUGCCGCCUGCCAUACAGGAGGAGGUCCUUGCCCAGCAACGAGCCGAGCAGCAGCGCAGGGAGGUUUCCCAACAGCCCACAACGGGAGAUACUCCCCUGGACCCAGUUACCUUCAUCCAGACGCUGCCCUCUGAGCUAAGACGCAGUGUGUUGGAAGACAUGGAGGACAGCGUGUUGGCCGUCAUGCCUCCCGACAUCGCCGCCGAAGCCGCGGCUUUGCGUCGGGAGCAAGAGGCACGACAAAGGCAACUGAUGCACGAGCGGCUCUUUGGUCACAGUUCAACAUCUGCGCUCUCGGCCAUCCUGCGCUCGCCAGCCUUCACCAGUCGCUUAGGGAGCAAUCGUGGAGUCCAGUACACCCGACUGGCCGUGCAGAGAGGAGGCACAUUCCAGAUGGGCGGCGGCUCGAACCACAGACCAUCCAGUUCCAGUGUGGAUUCUUUGUUGCGCCUGCGCGGCCGUUUUCUGCUGGAUCACGAGGCCUUGUCCUGUCUGCUGGUGUUGCUGUUUGUGGACGAACCCAAGCUCAACACCAGCCGUCUGCACCGUGUGCUCAGGAAUCUUUGCUACCACUCGCAGACACGCGGCUGGGUCAUCCGCAGCCUGUUGUCCAUCCUCCAACGCAGUAGUGAGAGUGAGGUGUGUGUGGAGACCUCGCGCCUUGAAGAUUCUCGUGGAAAAAGGAGCUCCCAGGGAGGCUGCGGCGCUAAAGGCUCAGCUGCCGCCGCCCUCUGCUCUUCCUCCUCCUCCCUCGAGCUUCUAAACAGAGUGGAGUCUCGUAGUUCCAGCCAACUUUCUUGGCUCUCUGUGUCCAUGGAUGCGGCCUUGGGCUGUCGGACUAACAUCUUCCAGAUCCAACGGGUAUCUGGUAGGAAGCAUGCUGACCGUCACUCAGCUGCUGCUGCUGCUGCAGCAGCAUCCGGAGCCCUGGGAGGUGGUAUGUCGGGAGCUCCUGCGGGGGUAAGCUGUGCGGGAGGUGGAGGCUCCACCGUACACAUCCAUCCGCAAGCUGCCCCUGUCGUUUGUCGACAUGUGUUGGACACACUCAUCCAGCUAGCCAAGGUGUUCCCCAGUCACUUCACCCAGCAGCGUUGUAAGGAUCUGUCCGUGUCAUCCUCUGACCUGGAAGCCCGACUUUGUUCGAGCUCCUCGGGCGUGGGCGGUAUGAGCGGAGGAUCAAAGUCAAGUUCACAGGCUCAAAACAACCCCAACUCCAAUGCUUCGGGUGCACAGAACGCUUUUGGCUCCUCAUCAAUCACUCCCCAGUCUUUGGGAAUUUCCACCGAUUUUUGGGACCUGCUUGUAAAGUUGGACAACAUGAAUGUCAGUCGCAAAGGAAAAGCCUCAAUGAAGACGGUGCCUUUAGGGGGCAACGCCGAGGCCGAGGGACUCCAGUUAAGCCUGGAAACGUCCCCCCUUGGUCAGUUGAUGAACAUGCUGUCCCAUCCCGUCAUCAGGCGGAGCUCCUUGCUCACUGAAAAGCUGCUGCGUCUGCUCUCGCUCAUAUCCAUUGCCCUGCCUGACAACAAGGCCACGGAGGUGCCUGCAGGCCACGCCACUCCACAGUCAGCCAACCCCAACCAGAUCAUCAGCUCGGCUGCCGCAGCCCCUGGCACUGCGCAGGGCACAGUGGCAUCAAGCACCCAGUCCGCUCCAGUGGGCACAGUGGCCUCUGCGGGAUCUGGAACCCAGAGCACCUCCUCAGGGACAAGUCUCUUAAUGUUUGCGAGUUCCACGCCAUUGCCGACAUCCACAGUCUUCACAGCAGCAAAAACAAAGAGCUCUUCAAGUAGCACGGAGAGUGACAACAAGAUUGCCUCUGCUGGACUUACAGAGAAACAGCUUCAGCUUUCAGUAGAGGUGUUGACUUCUCAUUCAUGCUCAGAAGAGGGUCUGGAAGAUGCAGCAAAUAUAUUACUUCAGUUAUCCAGGGGAGAUGGUUCCACCAGGGACACUGUGCUCAGACUGCUGCUCAGUGGCGCAAGACAUCUUGGUUAUACCCUUUGCAAACAAAUUGGUACGCUACUGGCGGAACUCCGAGAGUACAAUUUGGAGCAGCAGAGGAGAGCGCACGCAGAUUCUCAUUCCCCCGAUGCACCUCCUGAUGAUUCCUCCAUCUCUGGCAGACUUAAGGGCAAAAUGACCAGCAGGUGUUUGUCGUUUGGCCGCAGGUUUGAUGGAGCAGAGAGCGUGGUGAUUGUGGCUGCACAGAAGCGCACGCUCGGCGGACGAGAACUGCAACUCCCCUGUAUGAGCUCUCUCACCUCCAAGACAUCGACACAGAAAUUUUUCUUGCGAGUGUUGCAGGUCAUUAUCCAACUUCGCGAGGACACGCGCCGUGCCAACAAGAAAGCCAAACAGACCGGGCGAAUAGGCUCGGCCAGCCUGGGCUCAGCCAGCAGCAUUCAGGCUGCCGUUCGUCAACUGGAGGCCGAGGCCGACGCCAUCAUCCAGAUGGUGAGAGAGGGUCAGCGGGCACGUCGGCUCACACAGGCGCCUCCGCCCACCGCCGCCUCGGUCGCCGUCGCCGCCGGAUCGUCAGUCGCAGCGUCUCAUGCCCCCGCCGGUGCUGCUCCCCCUGCUGGCACAGCUGCUGCCGCUACGUCCGAAAUGCAGUCGGUGUCAGAGGCUCAGGCGACUCAGAGAGAUGACUCGCCAAUGGAUGUUGACCAGACAUCUAUGGAGCUGGACUCUUCAACUCUGGAUGAGGAAGGAAAUGGCCAAUCAGAGAGUGAGGAGAAACUCCCUGACCUCCCUCUGCUCAGCGAGCAGCUCCUGCUGGAUGAGCUGUGGGACAUGCUCGGAGAAUGCUUGAAGGAGCUCGAAGAGUCCCAUGACCAGCACGCUGUCUUGGUUCUCCAGCCUGCUGUGGAGGCCUUCUUCCUUGUCCACGCCACCGAGCGAGAGAGUAAACCUCCUGUCCGGGACACUCGGGAGAGCCAGCUUUCGCACAUCAAGGAUGAGCCUCCGCCGCUUUCUCCGGCGCCGCUCACACCAGCAACACCGUCGUCCCUAGACCCGUUCUUCUCCCGGGAACCGUCCUCCAUGCACAUCUCUUCAAACUUGCCACCAGACACACAGAAGUUCCUCCGAUUUGCCGAAACUCACCGCACAGUACUCAACCAGAUACUGCGUCAGUCCACCACUCAUUUGGCUGAUGGACCUUUUGCGGUCUUGGUGGAUUAUAUCCGUAUCCUGGACUUUGAUGUGAAGAGGAAGUAUUUCCGCCAGGAGCUGGAACGCCUGGAUGAAGGCCUGAGGAAAGAGGACAUGGCUGUGCACGUAAGAAGAGAUCACGUGUUUGAGGACUCGUACAGAGAACUUCAUCGCAAGAGCCCCGAGGACAUGAAGAACAGGCUGUACAUUGUCUUUGAAGGAGAAGAGGGCCAAGAUGCCGGCGGCCUUCUGAGGGAAUGGUACAUGAUCAUCUCCCGCGAGAUGUUCAACCCCAUGUACGCCCUGUUCCGCACGUCGCCCGGAGAUCGGGUCACCUACACCAUCAAUCCCUCGUCCCACUGCAACCCCAACCACCUGAGCUACUUCAAGUUUGUGGGCCGGGUGGUGGCCAAAGCCGUUUAUGAUAACCGGUUAUUGGAGUGUUACUUCACACGAAGCUUUUACAAGCACAUCCUGGGCAAGAGUGUCAGGUACACCGACAUGGAGAGUGAGGACUACCCCUUCUUCCAGGGUUUGGUCUACUUAUUGGAGAACGACGUGUCCACAUUAGGCUAUGAACUCACAUUCAGCACAGAGGUCCAAGAGUUCGGUGUCUGUGAAGUGAGAGACCUCAAGCCAAACGGCGCCAACAUUCUGGUCACAGAAGAAAACAAAAAAGAAUACGUGCACCUGGUUUGCCAGAUGAAGAUGACAGGCGCCAUCCGCAAGCAGCUGGCCGCCUUCCUGGAGGGCUUCUACGAGAUCAUCCCCAAGAGGCUGAUCUCCAUCUUCACCGAGCAGGAGCUGGAGCUGCUCAUCUCUGGCCUGCCCACCAUCGAUAUCGAUGACCUCAAGGCCAACACGGAGUACCACAAAUACCAGUCCAGCUCCAUCCAGAUCCAGUGGUUCUGGAGGGCCCUGCGUUCCUUCGACCAAGCGGACCGAGCCAAGUUCUUACAAUUCGUCACCGGCACCUCCAAAGUUCCCCUUCAGGGUUUCGCCGCUCUUGAGGGCAUGAACGGCAUCCAGAAGUUCCAAAUCCACCGUGACGACCGCUCCACCGACCGCCUGCCCUCCGCUCACACUUGUUUCAACCAGCUGGACCUCCCUGCCUACGAGAGUUACGAGAAGCUGAGACACAUGCUGCUGCUGGCCAUCCAGGAGUGCUCUGAGGGAUUCGGGCUGGCUUAAUCAAUGAGACUCUUGAAGACGCACACACACACACACGCACACACCUGAAUUAGAGCUUGACGACCCCACAUAGUUAAAUUUCUUUAACAGCGCCUACAUAGAUGAUACUGGAUGACUUGUUUAAUGGUGCAGAGUUUCUGGUUUCCAGUCCGUACACGACAGAUCAAAACCACAUGGAGAAUCUCGCGUGUAAAAGACACGCACGACACAUGCGCGCUUGUCAGCCCCUCCCCAUUUAAAUGGAAAGGGCAAAUGCAAAGGCGACUGGACUUAUAUAAGAGACAUUUUCUUCAUCUAGGUUGAUUUUUCUCUGUACAAAAGGUUUGGGAGUUUAUUGUUUCAACUUUUUUUGUUCCUCUGGCUGUGUAAAAAGAAAAAAAGAAUGUGUGAACAGGAUGGUUAUAAAACCUUUGCGUUGGUGGUUUCUUGUUGCAAAUUUUUGAUCACAAGCCUUGAUUUUGUUCGUUUGUUUUGUUUUGGGCUGAACAACUUGAGAAGUUCACAAAAAUGCACUUUUCAAAAACAUUUUGUGGCAUUUUUAAGGAAGAAUGGUACACUUGAAGCCAAAACCUGAAGGAGAUUAAAAAAAACAAAAAAAAAAAACAAAUUCUAGAGUAUUUUUGACUAUUAAAUUGCUGACAGCCUUGAGCCUUUGAAUCCGAUUGGAAUAACAUGAAUAAAUGCAUAAAGUUGCUUCUUGUCUUUUUAAAUGUUUUAACUUUAACCUUAUAAAUUACCAAAUCCAGAAAGAUGCUUAAGGACUUUCGAUGCAUCAUGCCAGAUUUAUAUUUAAAGUAAAUCCUACCCAAUAACAACACCGCCAGAAAUGUUGCCUCGUGUUCCUUUCCUCCAAACGGCCUUGCUCAGGAACUUGUGUACCUGAGUCCACAGGCUUCGGUGCUUGAAAGUGGGCAAUGAAGGCAAGUUUGUUUGGUUAUUUCUUCAGCUCAAUUCCAGCAAAUUGACUGCUUUAGCGUGACCAAAAAAAGGCUUCCUUAAAUAUUUUAGGAUGACUUGUCCUAAAACUUAUAUAUUGUGUAUAAUAAAUAGUUAGCAUCUGCCCUGCUUCUAGUAUUGAGGAUUGAAAGAGCCAGAAUGGACACCAAUAAAUAUACUAGUAAAAUG